UUCGUAAUGCAAAUAGUACUCCUGAGAUAAUAAAUUUUUUUCAAUCUAAGCCCGACAUCAUGAAGAUAGCUAUAAAGCAUGGAAUCAUAGAAUUUGUAGCCGAGUGUCUUGAACAGUUCGAUUACCUGGUUUGGCGGAAGAUAGCAAAUCAAACAAUGAUACAAAUGGCUAUAGCAGAGCGUAACGACAUAAUAGUGAGUAUGUUAUGCGAUUUUGGUGACACAUACGGAGAAAAGUUUAGCCUGCUUUCUGAAACAGAUGGUAACAAGAAUACCAUCUUGUAUUAUGCUGCCAAGUUAGCACCUCCUAUUCAACUCGAUUUGGUAUCUGGUGUAGCUCUUCAGAUUCAACGAGAAUUACAAUGGUAUAAGGGUGUAGAAAGCAUUAUGCCAAAAAAUGAUAAGUUCAAGAGAAAUAAGGAAGGACAUACGGCUCAAGUUGUAUUUACAAAAGAACACAAAGACUUACUAAACGAAGGGGAGGUUUGGAUGAAAGAUACAUCCGGAUCGUGCAUGAUAGUGGGUGCCCUCAUUGCUACAGUAGCAUUUGCAGCUGCUUUCACUAACAAUCAAAUGCAUUCCUGUGGUGGUGCAAAUAAUAAUUUUCGUGGUGGUAGAAGUAGAGGUUACAAUUCAGGUAGAGGUGGUGGUCGUUCUCGUUCUUUCACUGGAAAUUAUGGUUAUCAUAUAUUUUUCAAAUAUGGACAUUCAGCUGCGGAGUGUCGUCAUAGGAGAAAUUUUUCUUAUCAGGGACAUGUUGCUCCUCAAAAUCUCUCUGCAAUGAUGCCUUAUGGUCCUUAUAGUGCUGGUAUUCUUGGAGAGAAUCCUUGGUACUUUGACGUUGGUGCUACAAAUCCUUUGACUUCAAACAUGAACAACUUGCAUAUGUCUGCUCCUUAA